CCUUCAAAUAACUAAAAUUCACUAACCUCAAUUCCUCAGAAAACUAAUGGCUUCUGAUCUCAACCAAAGUAGAGUUCUUAACUUUUCUUCAUCCGAUACGUUUUUCAAUCGAUGGGAAAAAAAAUUUAAGGCCUUAGGUUUAUGGUACGUUCUUAGGUUUUUCAUGACGGGCGCUUGACCGCAGAACCCACUCUUUCUACGGCCAAACCUCUCUCUCUCUCUCUCUCUCUCUCUCACUCACACACACACACCCCAAAAGCAAUGGCGAGCCCAGAAGAUGAAGCGAAGCUCGAACGAUUCCUCCAGUGGUUACAGGUGAACAAAGUUGAACUACGGGGUUGUAAGAUCAAUUACUGUCAUUCCAACAAAGGGUUUGGUAUUUUCUCAGCUAGCGGAGCUUCUGAUGGUGUUCUAUUAGUUGUUCCACUAGAUUUGGCAAUAACUCCUAUGAGAGUGCUGCAAGAUCCUCUUCUUGGAUCAGAAUGUAGAGCAAUGUUUGAAGAAGGAGAAGUAGAUGACAGGUUCCUGAUGAUACUGUUCCUAACUGUGGAGCGCCUUCGUAAAAAUUCUUCAUGGAAGCCGUAUCUUGAUAUGCUUCCACUCACUUUUGGAAACCCACUUUGUUUUACUGAUGACGAGCUGUUGGAGCUGAAGGGAACGACACUUUAUCGGGCCACUGAACUGCAGAAGAAAGGGCUGCAGUCUUUAUAUGAUAAUAAAGUGAAGGGAUUGGUGAAGAAACUUUUAACACUUGAAGGGAAUUCAGAAAGUGAGGUGUCCUUUGAAGAUUUCCUUUGGGCAAAUUCCAUAUUUUGGAGUCGUGCUUUGAACAUUCCUCUGCCACAUUCUUAUGUAUUUCCAAAAACUCAAGAAAAGGACAGUAACUUUGCUGUUAGCAAAGAUUCUGAAGAUUCCACUAAAUACAGUGGAGAUUUGGUCAGUGGAAAGGAUGAAAAAGGCUGUAGGGUUCAGGAUGUUAGUAGCCAAAUCAAUGGAGUGACAUCCGCAUCAAUACAAGGGGAGACUAUUUGGGUGGAAGGUCUUGUGCCUGGCAUUGACUUUUGCAACCAUGAUUUAAAGGCAGCAGCAACAUGGGAAGUUGAUGGAACAGGAUCAAUUACAGGAGUUCCGUUCUCUAUGUACCUUCUUUCUGCUCAACAAAGUCCCUUUGCAAUUGAGAGAGAGAUUUCCAUCAGCUAUGGUAACAAAGGAAAUGAGGAACUACUUUAUUUGUAUGGGUUUGUCAUUGAUAAGAAUCCUGAUGACUAUCUCAUGGUCCAUUAUCCCAUGGAGGCAAUCCUGAAUGUUCCCUUUUCUGACUCAAAGGUCCAGCUUCUUGAAGCACAGAAGGCUGAAUUGAGGUGUCUAUUACCUAGAAGUUUGCUGGAUCAUGGUUUUUUUUCAGAAAGCACAGAAAAAAGCGAAAGAAAUGAUAAGUGGGAGGGAAGAGUUUGCAAUUAUAGUUGGAGUGGUCAGCGCAAAAUGCCCUCUUACUUAAACAAGCUGGUUUUUCCGGAAAGUUUUUUAACUGGCUUGAGGACCAUAGCCUUGCUGGAGGAGCAGAUUUUUCUGGUUUCAUCAAUGCUGGAAGAGCUUGCUGGGCCUGGAGGGGAGAGGCAACCAUCUGAUACAGAAGUCCGAGCAGCAGUAUGGGAGGCCUGUGGUGAUUCUGGAGCUUUGCAAUUGCUUGUUGAUCUUCUUCAGACAAAGAUGAUGGAUCUUGAAGAGAAUUCUGGAACAGAGGAGUGUGACACUAAACUGCUAAAAGGAGUCCACACUACUGAAUGCCAGGAGCAACAAAUAAUUUACAAGAAAAACUUGAGCCAAGAGAUAGAUGGCCAAACCCAACAGAAGUUGAGUAGAAACAGGUUCUCUAGUAUUGUAUAUCGACGAGGACAAAAGCAAUUGACCCGGUUAUUUCUGAAGGAAGCAGAGCAUGCCUUGCAAUUAGCUCUGAGAGAAGGAAACUGAAUGUUAUGAAAGUUCUAUAGAUCAUGUCAGUACGGGAGUUUCAUUGUUGGUGAAUCUAUUUUUAUGAAUAAGCAUCAAAAGUUGCUCUUCUUUUCCAGUUCUCUGUAAAACCCAGCCAUUUUUAUCAGAUUUUUCAGCGGAUGUGCCUUCUGUGUCUGGUAGGCCUUAACCAAACGUACCAUUGAGUUGGCCGUUUGGUUCCGUCCUCGACUAUAAUGGUUAGGUUGGUUCUCAGGUUGCAUAGUUAUUUAUCUGAGAGCCUAACUGAAUUUUACAAUUAUUCAGUAAUUAAUAUUAACUUUGAUAUUAUUUAAUAUUACUUAAAUAGUUUUAUAAUUUAAUACACCAAGUUAAGUUUACAUCA